CCGCUUCCUCCACGCUGACGUUUGGAUGACGUUUCAGCUCCAGUUUGUUUCUGUGUUAGCAGCUAAAGGCUGAGUGGACGAAUCUGUUUUCUGUGGUUGUUUUCUCUUUAUUUUCAUAAAAUGACUCCGCGGUGUGAGCACUGUGGGGAGAACGUUAAGAAGAUAAAUCAACAAGUUUCUGUGAUGCGAAAAGAAAUAAAAAAUCUGAGGCAGACGUUGGACGGUGCCGUCAGAGCUCAUCGCAAACAUCUGAUGUCACUUCAGACUGCUAUGUCAAAGAUUGACCUUACUGGCCACGAUAAAAAAGACUGCACACCUUCAUCACCUUCAUUAUCAGCCCAAGAUGCAUUAGAGCAAGGAAAGAUCCGGAUGGUGCCGAUUGGUUACAUCAGUUCCUGUUUUUCCAUGAAGAACGGGACACCCAGGCAGCCAACUAUCUGUGGCACAUCGCGGGCACAGCUGCAAAUCCAGCAGAGCGUUUUUAACAACCCAGAGCAUGCUCUGGUGGGCCUUGAACAGUACUCGCAUGUCUGGAUUAUUUUUCUUUUCCAUAAAAACGGACACCUGAGCUACAAAGCCAAAGUGAAGCCCCCCAGACUGAACGGUCAGAGAGUUGGAGUUUACUCAACACGAAGUCCACACCGACCAAAUUCCCUUGGCCUAACCCUGGCAAAGCUGGAUACAAUUCAAGGUGACACACUGCAUCUCUCAGGAAUUGACAUGAUUGCUGGCACUCCUGUCCUAGACAUCAAACCUUACAUCCCAGAAUAUGACUCUCCCCACACAAGGAGAGUGUUAGACUCACAACAGCAUGAAUCCAACAGAGAUCUACCAACUGUUUCUGAAAACAAGGUGACAAGCAGCUUAAACUUUGAUCUAGACCAAGAUGCUCAAUUUAAGCUAGAAGACAGCAGAAAUGAUAAAGAUAAAGAUGAGGGUCUUUACCUGAGAGGGAAAUCGGAAACAUGUCUUUCUUUAACACACUCACAGACUGCCGGGGCUCAGUUGUUUCUGCCCAGAGAAACUGUCAGUUUGCUGAAAGAAGUCGAGUCCUUUGUAAACAAAGAUGAAACAUCACCACCUGACUGUAAGAGCAAAAACAGAGUUUCAGACUACGUAAAAACCGAACCACCAGCAUUGAUCAUGGACUGGCCCUGCUAUGAUGGGGAUUCUAGUACAACCAUUGCCGAUUGGAUCAGAGAGCCUCUGGUUUCCAGUCUGGAUGUGCACUUUACCCCUAAUGCUCAGAAACAGCUGGAGGAGUUCCUUCCUGCACAUCUGUCAGAACCGUCUGACUGCGAAAGACCCAGAUUUAAGUUUCUGCGCAGUCCAGAGGAGGCCGCCGCUGCCAUCAGGGGGGUGCUCUCGGCAGAUCCCAGAUCAGUUUACAGGAGAACCCGAUGCAGAGACAGACUCUUCUUCUUCACUCUGGACACGGCUGACAUUACUUGCUGGUUUGGACAAGGGUUUGCUGAGGUUCUGCAGGUCCGACCUGCGGGAUCUCAGCGACCCAAGGACCCAUUUUAGUAAAACAACAAACUGCCUGUUAAAUUCUCCUCACUGCAAUGUUUCUGAGGAGACAAACCUUUAAUAUGACAUUCUGGGAACCUGACUAGAUGAAUUUUAGUUUUUUUUCCUGUUAAGUUAAAUAAAAAAUGGUGUGAAAGAUG